UUUUAGAACUUGUGUCAAAAAGAGAAGAACUUUACCCAGAAUUCCCACAUUUCUAUCUGUGGAGCUGAAAGGGAGAGACAGACUUUAAGAAACUGAAGCAAGAUUUCAUUUACUCAGCUAUAACACAAUGAACAUCAUUCAAACUAAGUUAAGAAGAAGCCUUAGACUACUUUAUAAUGGAUACUACAACUCUGAUGGGUUACCGACCAUUUCAUACAGAGAGACCAGAGUCAGGAGGUGCAGAAAUCGUCGGCCUGUAAAGACGGAUAAAACAGAGGUCCCUGUACAAGAUAGAUUUGACAGCAGCAUAAAGGCAAACCAGAAGAAGUACACACUGUUACAGUUUUGGUGGAUCGUCAUUGUCCUCUCUUUGUUUUAUGGUAACUGCUCUCCUUUCACAAACAAACAAUUUGGAAGUGUUGUAGAAAAUCUGUCUUUUAAAAGCCAUGUCACUGACUGUCAUUUUCUGCUCAUUCCUCCUCAUCCAUCAGGAAGUACCUGCCUGUUUACUGCCCUGCAAUCGAAACCUUCAGAGUCACUUAUUACGCCAGCUACAACGGACACGGUACGCUUUUCUGUACAUAAUCUAAACACUGGUUUAAAUUUCUUGCAUUGUUGUUCACAGGUCUUAACCCCAGGAUGUAAGGAUCAGAAAAAACAUUCAAAGGAGUUGCAUGAAGAGUUGCUGAGUUUGAAGAAAAAGCUGGACUACCUUCUACCAUCAGCAGAUCUGUUGCCCAACUUUGCUCUGGAAUCUCAAGGAGCAAGGAUUUUACACCAAAGGACCUCAGACACAUAUCAGAGGGUAGAAGCAUGUCGUUGGUUUGGAUUACCAAUAUGGCAACCAGCUGUAGGCCCAAAGAUUGUUAUACAGGGAAAAUCACACCUGCUUCCAGGACAGUGCUGGGCCUUUGCAGGUUCCCAGGGACAUUUAUCCAUCGCCCUGUCCCACAGAGUCUCCAUCAGCCAUGUCUCCAUUGGUCACAUUCCCAAAAUGGUAUCCCCGACUGGCUCCAUCUCCAGCGCUCCAAGAGAGUUUUCUGUUUAUGGAAAUAAGGAUUUGGAAGAUGAGGAGAGUCUUUUGGGAACUUUUCUCUAUGAUGAAGAUGGAGACCAUCUACAGACCUUCAAACUUCCUGAUCGUAAAGCUGGUUCCUUCCGCUUCAUGAGGUUACAAGUGAACAGCAACUGGGGCAAGCCUGAGUAUACGUGUCUCUAUGGCUUUCGAGUGCAUGGAAAACUGGCACAAUGAACAGGAGGACAAAAAGAGGUUAAAAAAGAGGGUAUUAAGUAUGGACAGAGGUAAGGAUAUGUGAAGGUGAAUCAGACUGAAAAAGCUAAAAAGUCAGAAGUCAUUUCAAUUGUUCAUGUGGAAAUUGUGCUUUUGAAAAUUUCUGUUAAUGUUUUUUGUCCAAUUUCCACAAGAUGUUGGCAAUUUUCAGUCUGAUUCACCUUCACUUAAAGUCCACAUCAGGGUGCAACAAAAAGAUCACAUGAGCGUAUGGUUCAUACUUUUUCUGGGUUCUUGUAUAUUUAGCAUGUUCUCUCUGUGUUUUCAUUGGUUUUUUCCAGGUGCUCUGGUUUGUCUCCCAAACUAAAAAUGCAUGAAAACAAAAUCAGUACAGAUAUAACAAAACAUACCAUUAGGUAGCAUAUAUAACUUGACAUAACACAGAUGAGAUAACAUAACAUGUUAUACAUAAUAUUCCAGGCCGUUGCACCCCACUUGUGGAAUCCCCUUUCAAUGUUUUUAUGCCGUGUCGAAUUCACUGAUUAUUUCAAAAUACAGCUAAAAACAUAUUUGUACAGAUAGGCUUUUAAUUACUGUAAUGUUUAUAAAUAUGAUGUUUAUAUUUGUUUUUCUUUUUCUUAUGUUUUUGUGAAGCACUUUGUGAUUUUAUCUGUGAAAGGUGCUACACAAAUAAAACUUGACCUACUUGCUUUACUUACUUAAGAUAAAAUCAGAUUAUACUGUCUGUUCCAUAAAAAGCAGAAAUAUUCCUACAUCCGGGACUCAAUAAUAAAAACAUAAACAUUACACACAUUUAAAAACACUCUUGUAGUUGAAUGUUCUCUCUGAGUUUUCAUAGGUUUUCUCCAGGUGCUCUGGUUUCCUCCCAAACCAAACUUGAUUUAAGAAGUUUUGAUCGGAUAGACAACAUAAAAAAAGUUUAUACUUUUAGGACUGACUCCAAAGAGCUGCUCCUUCAGGUUGCUGCUAUAGGCUCUGACUGCUUGAGGACCAGAUACACUGAGCAUUAUUCAUUCACAUCUAAUUUUCAAUUGAUUAUAAUGUGUGCUAAUAUUGUUAUCUAAUUUGUGUUUCUUCUUUCAGAGAUUCGGAACCAGCUUUGUGUUUAUGUGUUUCUGUUCUGUCCUGUCCUGUUUGAAGCCAGCCAGCAGAGGCAGAUGGCUGCUCAUCCUGAGCCUGGUUCUGCUGGAGUUUCUUCCUUUUCAAAGGAAGUUUUUCUCUCCACUGUUGCCUUGUGCUUGCUCAGGAUGGGGGAUCAAAUCAGAUUGAAUAUUUGAUGAGAUCCGCUGGUGA